AUGGCAGAAGAACGGAGGCACUGGCAGGCAGUCAUCAAGGCGUUCGAUGGGUAUCAGCACUAUCAUAUGUCGGCGCAACAUGCCCGCAAGAUGAGCGUCCUUACGCUGCCCAAGGCGGAGAAGGAGAUAUACAGGAUGCUCGGAUAUAUGGACAAGGUCGAAGCCGUAGACGAGGGUAUACGACAAAACCAAGAGUUCCUGGACGAGAUGAUUGCCAACCCAGUCUUCUCAGAGAUGCUCCAAGAUCCCGAACCUGAAGACAUUGGUCAUUCACACGCUGGAGAGUAUUCGCACGACCACAGCCAUGGUCACUCCCACUCUCACUCUCAGCCCCAACCUCAAACCGCGUCCCGCCCGGGGUCCCCCUCCAAACCAUCUCGCUCACAGCUCGACGCCGCCCAAGACAAAGUACGCUCCACGCUUCGCUCUUUCGUACGCGACUGGUCCCCUCUAGGCCAGCCCGAACGCGAUGCCUGUUACCGCCCCUGCCUCGAGGCGCUCGAAAAGCACUUUCCUUCUUUCCACGACUACCCCGAGGGAGGGGAGAGGGAGGAAGUGAAGGUGCUUGUACCUGGGUGUGGGCUGGGGAGGCUGGCUAUGGAGAUCGCUUCGCAAGGUUUCACCGCACAAGGAAACGAGUUCAGCACAUACAUGCUCAUAGCAUCCGACUGGGUCCUCAACCAGACGACCCGCCCAAACUCACACACCAUCUACCCCUUCCUCCACUCCUUCUCCAACCACCUCACCACCGAACAUCACUUGCUCCUCUCCACUACCAUCCCAGACGUAUGUCCUUCUGAAGUCUUUGCCCGCACUCCCCACGCCGGAGGUGGAGAAAAGUAUAAACCGGGGGCGUUUUCGUUGGUCGCUGGUGAUUUUGAAGAAAUCUACGGCCAACCCUCUCCCUCCCCCUCUUCCUCCUUCGACAGAGAAGGCGGCGGAGACAAAGAAGACGAGAAGGAAGACCAAACAGGCCAAUGGGAUGCCAUCGUGACAUGCUUCUUCAUCGACUGUUCUCGCAACAUCCUCAACUACCUCCGUACCAUCCACAACCUCCUCCCCCCUCUCUCUCCUUCAGCAGAGGGUGGCGGAGGCGGGGUGUGGAUCAAUAUCGGCCCGCUGUUGUGGCAUUUCGAAAACUCGCCAACGACUUCGACGAAAGGAGAGAGGAGUGUGGAAUUGAGUUUGGAUGAAGUAAAGCAGUUGGGCGAUUUGGUGGGGUUUGAAAUCCGAGAAGAAAAGAUGAUCAAGUCGACCUACACCAGCCCGCCGGAGAGCAUGUUGAGGCAUGAAUACACUACGGCAUUCUGGGUAGCCACAAAGAAAGAGCCCCGCGUACUCAUCCAAGGCGAUAAAGUCGUGCCCAACCCGCGAUACACCGAUACCAAAAGCGCAUAA